AUGUACAGCUUGAUGGCAGUUAGCGACAAAGACAAGGUGCUCCUUGCCCCAGUUCACCGAGGUUUUAGUCGGUUUACGGGGGUUGAGCCAGCAAUCGACGACCGAAACGUUCGGUACCUUACCAUACCUUACAAUACGCCCCCUCCCCUCCCCCCCUCUUCCUCUCCCUCCUGGCAGCAAGAAGCUCGUGGGCGUCAUGGACGUGUUGCCCGGCAUAUUGAACAUGCCGCCGCCAAGCCCUCUCAGCCAUCCGUAUUUGACGCGAUAAAUUAUGAUACGCCGUACGCAGAUACCGUAUCCGCCACCACAAACCGUCCGCAAUAUUUGCAUGCGACCAUCUGCGACCGUCUGCAUCCUACCCACUGA